AAGUCCUACUCCUUACGAGCUAAGGCUUCUCUCUCCUCUCACACAAACUUUUCCUUUUCUCCUUAUAUAAAAAAAGAGACCUCUCGGAUUCAGUUAGUUCACAAGUUAAAAGCAAUCACAUACUUUCCUCUAUUAAUCGUACCGAUUUUUUCCCGAUCAGAUCCAAUCAUCAACAUGGAGAGAGGUGGUUACCGUGGAGGUCGUGGUGAUGGCCGUGGCAGAGGCGGCGGAGGUCGUGGUGACGGAGGUGGUGGAGGCCGAGGUUAUGGCGGCGGCGGCGGAGAUCGCGGUCGUGGUUAUGGAGCUGGCGGUCGUGGUUCCCAGCGAGGCGGUGGCGAUUUUGGAAAUCGUGGACAGAGUUCCGGUGGAAGUGGUGGCGGAUACGAACAGGAAGUCGGACGCCAGAGUCAGUGGGGACCACCGCCGGGUCAGGGUGGCCGUGGGACGCAGUUGCAGCAGCAGCAGCAGCAGCCUCCGCCACAAGCUCAAGUGAGUCAAUCCGUUGCAAUUGGAAGCGUCGGCAGAGGCGCGUGGGGUCGUAAGCCACUGAUAUCUUCUGAUACGGCGGCGGUCGCAGUUUCUAAAACGGCUCGUGGUCCUGAAAUCAGGCCAUCUGUACAAGUUCAAGCUUCUUCUUCUUCUUCUCCUGAGAAGAAGGUUCAAGUUGCUUCUUCCGAGAGAAAAGAACCAAUGAGACGUCCUGAUAAAGGCGGUGUCGUAGCUGUGCGUCGUGUAAACCUCUUUGUCAACCACUUCCGUGUGCACAUUGAUCCCGAUAGUGUCAUUAGGCAUUACGAUGUUGACAUCAAAGGAGAUAUUCCCACUAAGAAGAUAUCAAAGUUCGAGCUUUCUAUGGUCAGGGACAAAUUGUUCUCCGAAAAUCCCCGUGACUUUCCACUCUCCAUGACAGCGUAUGAUGGUCAGAAGAAUAUCUUCAGCGCAGCUCAACUUCCUACUGGCUCGUAUAAGGUGGAUAUUCCCAAGACAGAAGAGAUGAGAGCUCGGAGCUAUACGUUCACUAUCAAGCAGGUGAAUGAGCUCAAGCUCCGUGACUUGAAAGACUACAUGACAGGUGCUUCGUCUUUCAACCCUCGUGAUGUAUUGCAAGGAAUGGAUGUUGUGAUGAAGGAGCAUCCUUCAAAGUGUAUGAUUACCGUUGGUAAAAGCUUUUUCACUCGCGAGACUCAGAGGGAUGAGGACUUUGGUUUUGGUGUUGCAGCUGCCAAAGGCUACAAACACACUCUAAAGCCCACAGCGCAAGGUUUAUCCUUGUGCUUGGACUACUCGGUCCUGGCGUUCCGGAAGUCGAUGUCCGUCAUCGAGUAUCUCAAGCUCUACUUUGGGUGGUCUGAUUUGCAGCGUCAGUUCAACAGACACGAUGUGGAGAAGGAAUUGAUUGGGUUGAAAGUCACUGUCACUCACCGGAAGAACAAACAGAAACACACCAUUGUGGGACUGAGUAAGAAAGACACGAAAGACGCUGAAUUCAAACUUAUCGACCAAGAGGGGAAUGAACCGCCGAGGGAGACGACUAUUGUUGAGUAUUUCAGGAUUAAGUAUGGAAGAGACAUUGUUCACAAGAAUAUUCCCUGCUUGGAUUUGGGUAAAAACGGACGGGAACAUCUGGUGCCCAUGGAGUUUUGCGUUUUAGUUGAAGGACAGAUUUACCCUAGGGAAGGAUUGGAUAAAGAUUCAGCCUUGUGGUUGAAGAAGCUGUCACUAGUGAAUCCGCAACAAAGGCAGAAGAAUAUACUCAAGAUGAUACAGUCCAGUGAUGGUCCUAGCGGUGGAGAAAUUAUUGGCAACUUUGGAAUGAAAGUUGAUACAACGAUGACACCUGUGGAAGGUCGUGUUCUCAAGGCUCCGGCGUUGAAGUUGGCAGAGAGAGGCAAACCUGUCCGGGAGGAACCUAAUCCGAGACAGAACAAUCAAUGGAACCUUAUGAGGAAGGGAGUCACGCGGGGUUCGGUAGUCAAGCAUUGGGCUCUUCUUGACUUUACUGCCUCUGAGAGGAAUUACAAAUUCAGGAUGGCUGACGACUUUGUGGAGCUACUUAUUAAUCGUUGUUCAACACUUGGGAUGCAUCUGGAUGAUCCCAUCAUUUACAAACCAGCAAGAAUGGAUUUGCUUUCUAAUUCUAAUGCUCUAGAGGAUUUGCUUCGGCAAGUGAUUGACGAGGCUAAGAAUAAGCAUGGUGGGGCUCGUCCAAAUCUUGUUCUGUGUGCUAUGUCUGGGAGGGCUGAUGGCUACAAGACUCUGAAAUGGAUAGCCGAGACCAAACUUGGUCUGGUGACUCAGUGUUUCUUGACCAGUUCAGCCAAUAGAGGAGGUGACCAGUACCGUGCAAAUCUCGCCCUCAAGAUCAAUGCAAAAGUUGGUGGAAGUAAUGUGGAGCUGAUGGAUACUACUUUCUCUUUCUUCAAAAGAGAGGAUGAGGUCAUGUUCAUCGGUGCUGAUGUCAACCAUCCAGCUGCUCGAGACAAGAUGAGCCCCUCCAUUGUUGCUGUUGUGGGUACUCUAAACUGGCCUGAAGCGAACCGUUACGCAGCGAGAGUCAUUGCACAGCCUCACCGGAAAGAAGAGAUACAAGGAUUUGGUGAUACGUGCCUUGAGCUUGUUAAAGCUCAUGUUCAGGCCACCGGGAAACGGCCUAACAAGAUUGUCAUCUUCCGUGAUGGUGUCAGUGAUGGUCAGUUCGACAUGGUUCUCAAUGUUGAGUUGCUUGAUCUGAAGCUUACUUUUGAGAAGAACAACUACUUCCCGAAGAUAACUGUAAUCGUGGCGCAGAAACGUCAUCAAACCCGUUUCUUCCCUGCCACAUGCAAUGAUGGAAGUGACAAGGGAAAUGUUCCUUCAGGUACGGUGGUCGAUACCAAAGUUAUUCAUCCUUUUGAGUACGAUUUCUACCUCUGCAGUCACCAUGGAGGCAUCGGGACAAGCAAGCCGACUCAUUACUAUGCUCUUUGGGACGAACUCAGAUUCACUUCAGAUCAGUUGCAGAAGCUUAUCUUCGAAAUGUGCUUCACUUUCACUCGUUGCACUAAACCUGUCUCUCUCGUACCUCCAGUCUAUUAUGCGGACAUGGUCGCCUUUAGAGGACGAAUGUACCACGAGGCGAGCUCACGGGAGAAGAACAUUAGGCAGCCACGAGGUGCGCCUCCUCCCCCACUGGCCUCUUCAUUCUCUUCUUUGAGUUUGGAGGACAAAGCUAUAUUCAAGCUCCACAAGGAGCUUGAGAACGUUAUGUUCUUUGUCUGAGAAAAAAGGUUUGGGGUUAUUAUAUUUGUGUUUUGGGUCCCAAGCUGAAGUUAAAAAUGCUAUUAUUGAAUAUCAGAACAGCCCCAAUAACGCAAUUUUACUCCUUUUUCUGGUAGAAAGGAGUUUGUGCGUGAAUCUAAAUUGGGUUUAUUGCAGUGCGUUUCUUUUCUUUCUCUUUGUUUUAAAGUCUCUGUGUUGAAAUCAGUUUGUGUUUAGUAUCGUAUUGCUCUUUGGAGCAGAGACUACGUUAUGUAAUGGUAUUUUAUUAUAUAUUUAAGAUUCUGGGUUUUAUAAGUAUUUCAUAUUCUGUUAUUGUCUUCUCAAAUUUUGUCUGUGGGUGUUAGUUUUUAGCUUCAGAUGUCAGAGAUGAUGCUCCUUCAUGUUUUGUUUGUGUUCUACAUUUUCUAAAGUAUAGUUUCUUGGAGAAACAAUAUCUAUUUGGUAAUGGUGGGAAUGAUUAUGCAUUUAAUCAUUGCAGUCUAGGUGGCAAAAAGUUGCAAGAUAAGUCUAUGAGAGACGUACGAAAUAACAUAGUGGAGCUUUUUGUUACUUUCGAUUUUC